AUGUAUGUAUCCAAACAGCCAUCCAUGUAUCCAAACAGCCAUCCAUGUAUCCAAACAGCCAUCCAUGUAUACAAACAGCCAUCCAUGUAUCCAAACAGCCAUCCAUGUAUCCAAACAGCCAUCCAUGUAUCCAAACAGCCAUCCAUGUAUCCAAAAAGCCAUCCAUGUAUACAAACAGCCAUCCAUGUAUCCAAACAGCCAUCCAUGUUUCCAAACAGCCAUCCAUGUAUCCAAACAUCUAUCCAUGUAUCCAAACAGCCAUCCAUGUAUCCAAACAGCCAUCCAUGUAUCCAAACAGCCAUCCAUGUAUCCAAACAGCCAUCCAUGUACCCAAACAGCCAUCCAUGUACCCAAACAGCCAUCCAUGUACCCAAAGAGCCAUCCAUGUAUCCAAACAGCCAUCCGUGUAUCCAAACAGCCAACUAUGUAUCCAAACAUCUAUCCAUGUAUCCAAACAGUCAUCCAUGUAUCCAAACAUCUAUCCAUGUAUCCAAACAGCCAUCCAUGUACCCAAACAGCCAUCCAUGUAUCCAAACAGCCAUCCAUGUAUCCAAACAUCUAUCCAUGUAUCCAAACAGCCAUCCAUGUACCCAAACAGCCAUCCAUGUAUCCAAACAGCCAUCCAUGUAUUCAAACAGCCAUCCAUGUAUCCAAACAGCCAUCCAUGUAUCCAAACAGCCAUCCAUGUAUCCAAACAGCCAUCCAUGUAUCCAAACAGCCAUCCAUGUAUCCAAACAGCCAUCCAUGUAUCCAAACAGCCAUCCGUGUACCCAAACAGCCAUGUAUGUAUCCAAACAGUCAUCCAUGUAUCCAAACAGCCAUCCAUGUAUUCAAACAGCCAUCCAUGUAUCCAAACAGCCAUCCAUGUAUCCAAACAGCCAUCCAUGUAUCCAAACAGCCAUUCAUGUAUUCAAACAGCCAUCCAUGUAUCCAAACAGCCAUCCAUGUAUCCAAACAGCCAUCCAUGUAUCCAAACAGCCAUCCAUGUAUCCAAACAGCCAUCCAUGUAUUCAAACAGCCAUCCAUGUAUCCAAACAGCCAUCCAUGUAUCCAAACAGCCAUCCAUGUAUCCAAACAGCCAUCCAUGUAUCCAAACAGCCAUCCAUGUAUCCAAACAGCCAUCCAUGUAUCCAAACAGCCAUCCGUGUACCCAAACAGCCAUGUAUGUAUCCAAACAGCCAUCCAUGUAUCCAAACAGCCAUCCAUGUAUCCAAACAGCCAUCCGUGUACCCAAACAGCCAUGUAUGUAUCCAAACAGCCAUCCAUGUAUCCAAACAGCCAUCCAUGUAUCCAAACAGCCAUCCAUGUAUCCAAACAGCCAUCCAUGUAUCCAAACAGCCAUCCAUGUAUCCAAACAGCCAUCCGUGUAUCCAAACAGCCAUCCGUGUAUCCAAACAGCCAUCCAUGUAUCCAAACAGCCAUCCAUGUAUCCAAACAGCCAUCCAUGUAUCCAAACAGCCAUCCAUGUAUCCAAACAGCCAUCCAUGUAUUCAAACAGCCAUCCAUGUAUCCAAACAGCCAUCCAUGUAUCCUAACAGCCAUCCAUGUAUCCAAACAGCCAUCCAUGUAUCCAAACAGCCAUCCAUCUAA